GGCUAUGGUAUUACUUACUCGUAUUAGGAUUAUACAUGUUUAAGGCAAGGGGUUGACAUUCUGGUCUUGGAGUUGGAGGAUAAGUCACAAAUUCUGUUACAAAUCAACUUUUCUUUCACAUGUUUUGACUCUUCUGGUGAAAAGUCUUUGUACCGGAUACCACAGGCAGCUGAGACUGUUUAAAAGAUGAAACGUGGUGCUAGCCCCUCCAAAGGGGCGUCGAAAAAGUCCUCCAGCACACGUGGAGCGAAGGGAGGACAAAAAACCCCAGUUGGAAAAACCAGUCCCAGUGUUGGAAAGUCUAGUCCUGGAGUUGGAAAACUUUCGCCAUCGACCUCUGCUGGAAAGAUAUCCCCUGGUGGAAAAAUGUCUCCAAGUCCGACGCGGGGGGGAUCCAGGAUACCUGGACCAGUGAAGAAACCAUCACCCGCAGUAUCUGAGCCGGAUAUCAGGGAGGAGUCAGAGCCUGCUGUCGAAGAGACAUAUCGGGAGGAACCGUUAGUUGAAACUGGGCGCUCUGGUAUUCGCUACAUCACGGAGGAUCUCUGCAAAAAAAUAGCCAAUGAGGAGAGUGUGGAGAAUAUCACUAAGUUGAAUCUGACUCUUGCAAGGGAAGGUGGCAAGAAAAUAAAGUUCAUCGAGAACCUUGAGCGCCUGCGUCGUCUACAAGUUCUCUGCUUGAGCUGCAACGUGAUAGAGAAGAUAGAGAAACUGGACAAACUCACCAAACUCAAGGAACUCAACCUGUCAUUUAAUAACAUCUCAACAGUCACGGGGCUAGAGACAUUGACGUCAUUACAGAUUUUGAAUCUGACUGGGAAUAAUAUCGAACGCAUUCCAGGCUGGAUUGGAAAGAAAUUGAAAUCGCUGCGAGUGUUUAGGAUUGCCAAAAAUAGAAUAGAAUCCCUGAGUGAAGUGACCAAACUCCGCCCCCUCGUUGACCUGGUUCAGCUUACCAUAUCAGAGAACCCCAUAUCACAGCUACCUCAUUGUCGAUUGUAUACAAUAUUCUAUCUGAGGACGGUAGAGAUGUUGGAUGGCCAGCCUGUAACUGAUGAAGAGAGGGAAGCAGCUAGUAACAGAUUUGGACAAGAGGAGGUUGAGAAUCUGUCAAAGCAGUUGGAAGGAACAGAGGAAAAGGUGUCCGCAUUGCAGGAGGAUCUGGAUAAGACGAGAAGUGAUAAGAAGACAGUUGAGGACAAGGAGACAGGUCUGAGGGAGAGAAGGAAGGAUGACAGGCAGCAGUUAGAAGCGUUACGGAGGGAGUUGGAGACCAAGGAUGAUUUGUUACGGAAGAAAACCUCAGAGCUGACCAAGGCUUGUGAGAAACAUUAUGAACUUGAACAGGAGCUGGCUUUCUACAAAAUCGACCACAAGUUUGACAGCCUUGGCAAGCCUCCACCAGCAGAGGGCGGGGAUGAUAGUGGAGAAGGCUUGAUUGGUGAAAGUCCAUACAUCGGCAGAGCCCGUUAUAAGAAAAACGAAUACGCUCACGAGAUGGGACGAGGUGCCCAACCGCAGCAAGCAAAAAUGUACGGGUCGGCUUACAGCCCUGGUGCACCAGGUGGUGCUAUGCAGUAUACCCCUGGUUCCCCAUAUCGCGGCGCCCUCUAUGCUGGUGGUGAUGGCGAUGAUGAGAUAGAUGCAGAGUCGAUGGAGCAGGAUGCCAGUAGAGCGGGAGACGACACUGCGCAGAGGACGUUGGUUCAUGAGGUGCUGGAUACUGAACUGGAGAGCAAGCAGCAUGCCAUUGAAAGGGCUCAAGACCGCCUUCAGAAACUUCAGAGUGAGCUGCAGCAGACAGAAGAACAGGUCAUGCAGGCUACAGAGGAGUUCAACAAGAUUGCUGCCGCGUCACCCAUCAAGUUGCUCAAUGAUGAAGACAAAGCUGAGAUCAGAGAGAAGAUGGUGCGCAAAAUGGAAAUUUUGAAGCAAUUAAAAGACGAGGUGUCAAAGAAACAGGAUGAGAUGACCCAGACAGAGGUGGAGAUGAGAGAUGAACAGUUGGAUGUCGACAGACUCCGGGAUAAACUCAAGCGGAUGGACAGCAAAGAUUCACUUUUUAAACAUAUCACAGCUCAAGUGGCAGACAAGGAGGCGCAGAUCAGUUUCAACAACCAGCUGUAUGAAGACACGCAGCAGCAGCUAGACAGUAUGAUAGCCAGGAUUGCUAAAGAGACUGCCGAUAUUAAGAGGCUGGAGCAGCAACUCAGAGAAGGACAAGCUGCCCAGAAUGACGAACUUAAGGCCGAGUUAGAGGGCAUCAUAGCGGGACUUCAAGACUACCUCGUAAAUGUUAGGAAACAAGCCGACAUACAGAAACAGGACUAUAACGACAUGUUACGCCAAAAGGAGGCGCUGGUGAGGAAGUUGCAGGAGAUGGAGGGUGAGAUGACAAUCUUGGAGACGGAGUCAAGUGGUUAUAAACAACUGCAGCAGCGCCUGUCAGAGCUGGAGGAUACGCUACAGAAUCAGGAAUAUCUGAACUCCACACUUCAGCAACAGCUACUGGAGUCUCCAGGGCCGGAUCCGGUAUUGGAUGAUAAACUAGACGCGGCUGAGAUGGAGGUGGAAAGAUUGAAGAGUGAGCUGAAGGAAACAAGGAAAAGGCUCAAGGCUGAAAAAGAGGAGGCCAACUUUGAACUUGAUGAGCAACGUCAUCGUAUCAGUGAGUUGGAGGAUCAUAUCAGUGGGGAAGAUAGCAAGGAAGACCAGAUACAAGAUCUCUCACAGAGACUCGUAGAACUUGAGGCAGAAAAUGAUAAUCUGAGACAUGAAAUGCGAGAACAGGACAGUCAGAUCAAAGAUGCUAUGAGUGAGUCCAUUGCCCCUGAUGAGCUCAAUCAUCGCCUCCGUGACAUUGUGCGUAGCGUCGAGCAGGGAAAGCCAUUCAUGCCAGCGUAUGGAGAGAACGAUGCGACCACCAAGGCACUUGCUGAGCUCCAGAGGUAUCUGGAGGACCAUUCUGGCCAGACCAAACAGGAGUUAGAGAGGUCAAUGCGAAUUCAGGCAGACAUGGAGAACCAAAUACGCAAUCUGAAAGACCAGCUUCUGCAGGCCUCAACACCUGCUCGGAGAUCCACAACGGGAGUCCAGGCCGAUCUUAAUCACUCCGAUGCUGAGGUCAACACUGAGGAACUCAAGCGGAUGCAGAAGGAAAUAUGGAGGCUGAGGGAUGCACUGAAGGAUAUGACACCGAUACAGCCAACUCGGCGUGGUCCGUUAUCAUUCAACCUUUCCCCAGGGAAACGGAACAAUGGCGCCAGUUUCUUCUCAGACCCUGAUGACACAGAAACCGAUGUGAGUCAUCGUGGUGUCAUACCGCGCUCUGCCAUCCGACCUAGCCGCAUUGAUGAAUCAGAUAGCGAUCGGCAGCAUCAUGAACUUUACGAACCGCUGGAUUCUGAAGAGCAGGUCUUAUUCGAUGAAGUCUCCAAGGAAUUAUGUGAGCUGAAGCAACAGAUGGAGACUGCAGAUCAUCUCACUAAUCAACAGCUUUUGGACGCCCAGAACAGGAUGGCUGAGGUCGAGGCUGACUUGAAGAGGAAAGAGUCUGCUCUCAACAAGGAAAAACAGCAAAGAGCUAAGAUGGAGUCUGAAAGACUGCAGAAGGCCAUGGAUGACCUCGUGGAUGCCCAGGAUGAGAUCGGCCAGCUGCAGCAACUCUUAGAACAGAAGGAACAAGAGUUUGAAGAGGUGGCGAAGGGUCAAGAGGUCGAGCAUCAAACUAUGGAUGUGCAGAAAGAAGAAAUAGACUACCUCCAUGAUGUGCUUGGAGCCCAGAAGCAAGAAAUUACCCACCUUCAUGAUGUGAUUGAGGGGCUCCUGCAGAGAAAACCGGGCAAGGAUCAUGACAAGGAGGUGAGCAAGCUGAGGAAAGAAGUGGAUCGCAUGCGAGGUGCUCUGACCCAACCAGGAUCAAUGAUGGGCUUGCCUCCUCAACAGUUUGCCGGUGAUGCCUUCCAAACUCCUUACCAAGCAGCACCUGGUGUGCCUGUUGCUCCACAACAGAUGCAAGGGGUACCACCAUCACAGGUCAUCAUGUCCUCACAGCCCGGUCGUGUCUACAACACCCCCUAUCAACCGGGGUCAGCAACAUGGACAUCGCACCCACCCGGACCACUUCCUGCUGGCGUCGUCCCACCAAACACAACACUGAUCCAAGCUGGUGCUCCAAUGCCAGGUUCUCCACCUCAUCCAAGUGUUUCCUUUAGGACGUCUGGUGCCGUGCCACAGCCACAGUUCACGAGUUACAUGCCAGGAAUGCCGGGACAGGUACAGCAAGGAGGAAUGCCAGGUCAAGGUCAGCAGACAAGAAGUAAUGGAGGUCAGACAAUUUCAGAACUUGCUGGCGUACGCGAUGGGGAGGAGAUAUUAUUCUGUAAUGUUCCAGAGCACCAUGACCUGGAGGAUCUCAUCGCAGCGCUGCAAGAUAAGAUCAAGAAUUUGAAGAAGCAGCUGAGGAAACGAGAAAGGAUGCUGGUAGAGACUGAAGCACAAGGAACGAGGGCUGUUCAGAUGCUCACCGAGGAAUUAGAGAGUAAGCGUGAUGAACUCGAGUCGCUGGAAUUCUCCAUUGAACGUCAGAAGGUGAGCCUGAAACAGCUCAAGGAAUCUGCCGGGAAAGUCGAGUCUGAAAAAGAUGCGGCUUUGAAAGUACUGAAUGAACUCAAGGCAGAAAAUGAGAAGAGGUCAAAAAGAAGAGACUUCCUUGACGGCCGUGGCAAAGUGGAUGUAGAGGAUGCAGAUUACGACUAUAAUUACGAUCCACGCUCGUUACAAAGUCGCCAUAGUUACCUAUCAGAUGAGGUCACAUGUAUGGAGGAGACACUCGCAAAGAGGAAGGCAGAACUCAGGGAGUCUGAAAAACAGCUGAAGAGCUGUGAGGAUGACUUGCUCAAAGCUAAGAAUGAGGCUAAAGACACUAUCGACAGAUACGACCACGCCAGAAACAACCAUGACUCCACACGCGAGGAUACCGCGGAAUUAGAGCGACGUGCACACGAGGCAGGGACAACAGUCGUGAGGUGCAACGAGGAGAUCAAGAACCUUCAGACAGAGAUCGCUGAGCUGGAGGGUAUAAAACACGAACUUGAACGGACUGUGGAGGACAUCAAUCAAGUUAUCGGUGCUAAAGAUGAUGAGUUUAAAUCUCUUGAUAUCCAUGUGAAGGAGGCUUCAAGAAACCUGAACAGAAUGCUCAAAGACUACGGAGUGACGGAAGAUAAGGAAAGAGAAAAGUUAGACAACAUGAAACAUGUGGAACAAGAAGUUGCCCAGAGAUACGCCGAGCUGGACCGAUUAAGGAUGCAGAUUGAUGCGGAGAGAUUAGAGAUGGAGCAAGUCGAUAAGGAGAUGGGACGCAUGAAGACAGAGCAUCAGAUGUUGAAAGACUCAGUGGAGGAGAAGGACUUGGAACUGAGAAGUCUGGAGAGAGAUAUUGAGAAGGAGAUUGGGUUGAAACAGAAGGAUAUCAAGGAACUACGCUGCAUGAUCGACCAACUCCAAGAAGAAAAGUCACAUUACUCAACUCUUAUCAUGGAUGAAAAAGACGAACUUCACAAAAUCAAAAUGGAGGCUGAGCAUGAAGAAGCGUCCCUGCACACGUUGACGUCGUCGAUCGGGAAACACAAGGCAGAGCUGAAACAUGUGCUUGAGAUGCUGCAGAUGGAAACGACGGAGUUGAACCGCAUCAACGAGCAACAUCGCCAGAGGAUGCAUUCACUGGAGAAGACGCAGACCAUGUUGACAGAGGAGAAAGAAGACCUUGACAAGCUACAGACAGAGCGCAAGAGGCGCCAGGUUGAUUUGGAUCACAUCCGUGAGGUGCUAGAUAAUGAGAAGAUGUCGAUGGAGAGACUGGAGACGGAGAAGCGGGCACUCGAGACUAAUAUCACCGUCAUGACCAAAGAGAAGGAGAUGUUGGACGAGACGUGCACAAGUUUGGAGAAUAAAACAGGGAUGCUGAAACGGACCCAAAUGCAACUUGAAGAUAGUAUCCAUAACAACAAGUCCAAACUGAACAAGGUCGAAUCUGAACUGACAAGGUCACAGAUCGAACUUGAUGAGGUGAAAGCUGAGAGGCAGACACUGCAGGAGGAUGUACAGAUACUAUCACAACAUGUCACAGAUGGGAAGAAUGAGUUGCGUAGCAUGAGAGAAAAUAUCAAGGUCGCUGAAGAUCACAUUCAUCAACUUGAACAGGAGAUGAAAAUCAAGGCACGGGAAAAAGAAACCAUGACAACGGAAGUAUACCGCCUGGAACAAGAGAUUCAGCAACGGAAGGCAAUGGUUGAGGAAUGGACCAGACAGGAGAAACAAAAACGAGACGAUAUGGACAAUGUUGGCAGGGAUAUGGACCGCAUCACAAGGGAUUGUAAUGAGGCCAAAAAGGCUCUGCAUAAAGUGUCGAAAGAAUUGGAAAAAGAGGAAGGUAAACUGAGCCGUGUGAUCAGCAAUGCUCAUCUGGAGCUUGAGAACCUUAAGACAGAUCUCGCUCUCAAGCAGGAUGAGCUGGAAGAAUCCAUGGCUAAAGUCAACCAAUUGAAGCGUGAGGCAGAACAAAAGCAGUACACCAAGGAGCGAUUGGUUGAACUGGAACAAACAUUGAAAGAAAGGGAGCGUGAGAUCUCCUCAGGCAAUGAUGAGAAACAACAGCUAGCACAGGCAUUAAACAGGUCCUACAAGGAGCUACAGACACUGCGGGAUGACGUCACGCAGGACAAGGAAGCCAACCAGGAGCAGACCGAAUUGUUUGAGCAGGAGGUGGAGGACCUCAGGAGUCAGCUCCAUGACACUGUCAAGGAGCUGAAGCAAACUCGGAAAAAGGCGACCUCAGACGUCAACGACCUGGAACAGAUUGCUCAAGACCACUGUGCUCGAGCAAAUCGACUGAGUGAUGAACUCAACUCAGUCAGGCAGGAGUACCUCAAUCUCAAACAACAGCUAAUCACCCAGACUGAGAUCAUUGCACGAGACCGGAGAAUAGAAGAUACUGUGAAGGAUCUGAAAACAGAUAUACAUACAGAGCUCUCCUACAGUAUGCACGACCUAGAGAAGUCACGAACUGACGCCAUAGAUGAGCUUCAAGAGCUGCACGAUCAGAAGUCACAAAUACAGCAUACGCUGGACGACCUCAAAGAAAACUUGUCUGGUGGUCAUGGUCCACUAGGGGACUUCCCAGCUGCCCACAAUGAGGAAUGGAGAAAAACUGCAUUUAAAGACAAAUUUGCUCAAGAACAGGAUUAUCUCAGACAACAACUACGACAACAGAUGUCCCGCCACGAAGACGCAUUACUCAACGAGCGCCAGAAGUCUGAAGGGACGCUACAGAGUUUAAAACGACGAUUAAGCAAUCUACAGGACGUCUUGUCAAACAGCGACCUAACGCGAUCGCGGAUGUCAAUGAGGACAAGAUCUCCGUUGACUGAAAUCACUUUGGAUGAACCAACUUCGGAUUUAUCGGCAAUGUCUCCUCUGUCGUCUCCGGGGAAACAUUCGUACAUGAUGACUCGACCUCAUGGAAGGUCAAGGUCAUGGGACAGGAUACCAGAGAGAGGCCCAACAUCACCAUCGUCUAGUUACUACUCGGUAGCAUAGAGGGGAAUGCUUCAUAUAGAACUCUUUUGCUAUACUCAGACUGUGGUCAGAAUGAAAUGUGUGACAAUACAUGUGUCAGGAAAUACAUUAGACAGCAGUAGAUUGUAAUUCACUCAUUUUGUGACUUACGACUGUGUUGCCUCUAAUUGUUGUGAGUGAGGAUAAUACUCACAAAACUGAACAGAUAGUCUGUGUGAUGUGCCGAGGCUUGUUAUGUUACUGUCGUUUAGGUCAUAUGCGCUAUCAAGAAGUGCUAUCCCAGGUUCGGUACUUAGUAGCUGAUGGAAGACAUUCGCCAGUUGCUAUGUUGAGCUAUUGACAGUGGCUGUUUAUAAUACAUUCCAGUUUAGGGGCCAUCUUAUGGGUUUGAAUCAGUUGCAUUAUAAAUAUAGUAAACAAUCUUUCAGUAUGCUGCCGAGCUCAAAGUGUUAGAGAACACAUUGUCGUCACUAUCCAGGAUCACCAGCUCAAUAUAAAAAAUUUGACUCAAAGUAAGGACUUUGUAAAUGUGCAGUGUUUCAUAAGGAUGUAGAUGUAGAUAUUAGUAACAAUAGUGUUGACUGGACUUGUAGAAUAUUAGUGGUGCCGUGAGUUGAUCCAGGUUUUAAGACAUUCCCUGUUAAUAUGUGGCAAAGUUCUACUUAAUGUGUUAAUGAUAAUUGUAAUUGCAUGAGAUUUUGAUACUAAUUGAUCUCAUUAACCACUCCAGGCAGCCAGGUUAGUUUUUAGCUCACCUCUUAGCAGAGGUGAGCUUAUCCCAUACCGUGGCGUCCGUCGUCCGUCGUCGUCGUCGUCGUCGUCGUCGUCGUCGUCGUCGUCGUCGUCGUCGUCCGUCGUCCGUUAGCAGGGCACGUUUCGUAACUGUU